AUGGCGGCCCUUCCGAUCAGGUUCGAGGAGCUCGUUCAGCUCAAGAGCGUCGGCGUGGAGGACUCGUCCAUCACUUUCAACUCCUGCACACUCGAAUCAGAUGCCUAUGUUUGUAUCCGAGAACAGAAGGGUGACGCCUCGCCCGAGGUCGUCAUCGUUGACCUCAAGAAUGGCAACAAUGUCACCCGCCGCCCCAUCAAGGCCGACAGCGCCAUCAUGCACUGGUCACGACAAGUCAUCGCCCUGAAAGCGCAAUCCAGAACUCUCCAGAUCUUCGAUCUCGAGCAGAAGCAGAAGCUCAAAUCGGCCACGAUGAACGAGGACGUCCAGUAUUGGAAGUGGGUCACCGAGACCACGCUCGGCCUUGUCACCGAGUCGUCAGUGUUCCACUGGGACGUUUACGACCCGAGCCAGGCCGCCCCCGUCAAGAUCUUCGAGCGCAAUGCCAACCUCAGUGGAUGCCAAAUCAUCAAUUACCGCACAAAUGUCGACAACAAGUGGAUGGUCGUCGUCGGUAUCGCCCAGCGCGAGGGACGCAUCGUCGGUGCCAUGCAGCUCUACUCCAAAGACCGUGGUAUCAGCCAAGCCAUCGAGGGUCACGCUGCUGCCUUCGGCACCAUCCGGUUGGAGGGUGCCCCAGCAGAUACAAAGCUCUUCACAUUCUCCGUCAGGACGGCAACCGGCGCGAAGCUUCACGUUGUCGAAGUUGACCACGCCGAGUCGAACCCUGUCUUCCAGAAGAAGGCGGUCGAUGUUUACUUCCCACCUGAGGCGACCAACGAUUUCCCCGUCGCGAUGCAGGUCUCGCAGAAAUACGGCGUCAUUUUCAUGGUUACCAAGUACGGCUUCAUCCACGUCUACGAUCUCGAGAGCGGCUCUUGCAUCUUCAUGAACCGUAUUUCAAGCGAUACCAUCUUCACUACCUGCCCUGACAGGGACUCCUCCGGCAUCGUCGGGAUCAACCGCAAGGGUCAGGUACUCUUCGUGACGAUUGACGACAGCAACAUCAUCUCGUAUCUUCUCCAAAACCCUGCCAACACGGAAAUGGCGAUCAAGAUGGCCUCGCGUGCUGGUCUGCCCGGUGCCGAUGACCUCUACAAGCGCCAGUUCGAGCAGCUUUUCAACAACGGUAGCUACAUGGAAGCCGCCAAGGUCGCUGCCAACUCGCCCCGCGGCUUUCUUCGAUCCGCCGAGACCAUCGAAAAGUUCAAGCGCCUCCCCCAGCAGCCUGGUUCGAUGUCCUUCAUUCUACAAUACUUUGGCAUGCUCCUCGACAAGGGCGCCCUCAAUGAGCACGAAACUCUUGAGCUGGCGCAGCCCGUGCUUGCCCAGAACAGGAUGAACCUGCUGGAGAAGUGGAUGAAGGAGGGCAAGCUGCACAGCUCCGAGCGCCUCGGUGAUCUCAUCCGCCCCCACGAUAUCAACACGGCUUUGGCGGUGUACCUGAAGGCCAACGUACCCCAAAAGGUUGUCGCUGGCUUCGCCGAAACGGGCCAGUUCGACAAGAUUCUGCCGUACUCGCAACAGGCUGGCUACUCACCAGACUACGUGCAGCUGCUGCAGCACAUUGUUCGCAUCAACCCCGAGAAGGGCGCCGAGUUUGCCACCUCUCUCGCCAACCACGAGGGCGGCUCGCUUGUAGAUAUUGCGCGGGUGGUGGACAUCUUCCAGUCCCAGGGCAUGAUCCAGCAAGCUACUGCCUUCCUCUUGGAUGCUUUGAAGGAGAACAGCCCGGAGCAGGGCCAGCUGCAGACUCGCCUUCUUGAGAUGAACCUGAUGAACGCCCCUCAAGUCGCCGAUGCCAUUCUUGGUAAUGAGAUGUUCUCCCACUUCGACAAGCCGCGCAUCGCCUCCCUCUGUGAGCAGGCCGGCCUUUCGCAGAAGGCUUUGGAACUCUACGAAGACCCCGAAGCCAUCAAGCGCGUCGUUGUCAACAUCGCGGGCACACCCAACUUCAAUCAGGAUUGGCUGAAUGGCUUCUUCGGCAAGCUCUCUGUGGAACAGUCGCUCGACUGCCUUGAUGCCAUGAUGAAGCACAACAUUCGCCAGAACCUGCAGUCCGUAGUGACGAUUGCCACCAAAUACAGCGACCUCCUGGGACCUGUUCAACUGGUCGAUCUCUUUGAGAAGUACAAGACGGCCGAGGGUCUCUUCUACUACCUUGGUAGCGUUGUCAACCUCUCUGAGGAGCCUGAUGUUAUCUUCAAGUACAUUGAGUCUGCCACCAAGAUGGGCCAGUUCAAUGAGGUCGAGCGCAUUUGCCGCGAUAACAACUUUUACAACGCCGAGAAGGUCAAGAACUUCCUCAAGGAGGCCAAGCUUCAGGAGCAGCUGCCUCUUAUCAUCGUCUGCGAUCGUUUCAACUUUGUCCACGAUCUCGUUCUCUACCUGUACCAGAACCAGCAGUUCCAGUCCAUCGAGACGUAUGUCCAGCGUGUCAAUCCUUCGAGGACCCCUGCCGUCAUCGGUGGCCUCCUCGACGUUGACUGCGACGAGGGUAUUAUCAAGAACCUGCUGUCAACCGUCAACCCGCAGUCGAUUCCCAUCGACGACUUGGUGCAGGAGGUCGAGUCGCGCAACCGCCUCAAGCUUCUCCUGCCCUUCCUCGAGCAGAUGCUCUCUGCCGGUAUGGAGCAGCAAGCCGUUUACAACGCGCUGGCCAAGAUCUACAUUGACUCCAACAACAACCCCGAGAAGUUCCUCAAGGAGAACGACAAGUAUGAUUCCCUGAGCGUCGGCAAGUACUGUGAGAAACGCGACCCCAACCUCGCCUACAUUGCCUACUCCAAGGGUCAGAACGACCUUGAGCUCGUCAACAUCACCAAUGAGAACUCCAUGUACCGUGCUCAGGCCCGCUACCUGUUGGAGAGGUCUGACCGUGAGCUUUGGGACUUUGUCCUCAGCGAGAACAACAUUCACCGCCGCUCCGUGAUUGACCAGGUUACCUCGACGGCUGUACCCGAAUCAACGGAUCCCAGCAAGGUUUCUGUGGCUGUUGCCGCCCUGCUUGGCAAUGAUCUCCCCCUUGAGCUCAUCGAGCUUCUUGAGAAGAUUGUUCUCGAGCCUUCCCCCUUCAGCGACAACCAGAACCUGCAGAACCUUCUUCUGUUCACGGCUGCCAAGGCCGACAAGAGCAAGGUCAUGGACUACAUUCACAAGCUGGAUGGUUACAGCGCACCCGACAUCGCCAAUGCCUGUAUUGAGGUCGGUUUGCAUGAGGAGGCCUUCGAGAUCUACAAGAAGACUGGCGAUAAGGGGUCGGCUGUCAAUGUUCUCGUUGAUCACGUCGUGAGCAUCGACCGGGCUCAGGCCUUUGCCGAGGAAGUUGACCAGCCAGAGGUCUGGUCUAAGGUUGCCAAAGCUCAGCUUGACGGUGUUCGUGUCAGCGAUGCGAUUGAGUCGUACAUCAAGGCCGAUGAUCCCAGGAACUACGAGGAGGUUAUUGAGACUGCUGUGCACGCUGGAAAGAACGAGGACCUUGUUAAGUACCUCCGCAUGGCGCGCAAGACCCUGCGUGAGCCUCCUAUUGAUACGGCCCUUGCCUUCUGCUACGCUCGCUUGGAUCAGCUUAGCGAGCUGGAGGACUUCCUCCGCGGCACUAAUGUGGCCAAUAUUGAGGAAUCUGGAGAUAAGGCCUACGAAGAGGGUUUCUUCGAGGCUGCCAAGAUCUUCUUCACCAGCAUCUCGAACUGGGCCAAGCUCGCCACCACGCUGGUCCACCUUGGCGACUACCAGGCCGCUGUUGAGUGCGCCCGCAAGGCCAACAACAUUAAGGUCUGGAAACAGGUGCACGAGGCCUGCGUGGAGAAGAAGGAGUUCCGUCUUGCACAGAUCUGCGGUCUCAACCUGAUUGUCGAUGCCGAGCAGCUCACAACACUCGUCAAGCAGUACGAGCGUAACGGUUACUUUGAUGAGCUUAUCAGCUUGUUGGAGCAGGGCCUUGGCCUCGAGCGCGCUCAUAUGGGUAUGUUCACCGAGCUCGGCAUUGCGCUGUCCCGCUACCACCCUGAGCGCCUCAUGGAGCACCUCAAGCUCUUCUGGAGCCGCGUCAACAUGCCCAAGUUGAUCCGCGCAUGCGAGGAGGCUACCCUCUGGCCCGAGCUCGUCUUCUGCUACUACCACUACGAUGAGUACGACAACGCGGCACUUGCUGUUAUUGAGAGGCCCGAGAACUCGUGGGAACACCACCAGUUCAAGGAGAUCAUCGUCAAGGUAGCCAACUUGGAGAUCUACUACCGCGCCAUCAAGUUCUACAUUGAGCAGCACCCGUCGCUUCUCACCGAUCUCCUCCAGGUUCUCACUCCUCGUAUUGAUGUCAACCGUGUUGUCAAGCUGUUCGAGAAGAACGACGACCUGCCUCUGAUCAAGCCUUUCCUCCUCAAUGUCCAGACCCAGAACAAGCGUACCGUCAACAACGCCAUCAACGACCUGUUGAUCGAGGAGGAGGACUACAAGACUCUCCGCGAUUCUGUUGAGAACUACGACAACUACGAUCCUGUCGAUCUUGCCGCCCGCCUCGAGAAGCACGACUUGAUCUUUUUCCGCCAGAUUGCUGCUAACAUCUACCGCAAGAACAAGAGGUGGGAGAAGUCGAUCGCGCUGUCCAAGCAAGACAAGCUGUACAAGGACGCCAUUGAGACGGCCGCCAUUUCUAGCAAGACCGACAUUGUGGAGGAUCUGCUGCGUUACUUCGUCGACAUUGGUAGCCGCGAGUGCUACGUCGGCAUGCUGUACUCUUGCUACGACCUCAUCCGCCCUGACCUCGUGCUUGAGAUCUCUUGGCGCCACGGCCUCAACGACUUCACCAUGCCGUACAUGAUCAACAUGCUGUGCCAGCAGACCAAGGAGCUGGCAACGCUGAAGGCGGACAACGAGGCCCGCAAGGCCAAGGACAAGGAGCAGGAGAAGGACGACACGAACACGCCCAUUCUCGGCGGCAACCGCCUUAUGAUUACUGCCGGUCCCGGCGGCAGCCAGUCGCCCGCGCCUUACGGCCAGACCAAUGGCUUCGCCCCUCAGGCGACUGGCUACGGCUUCUAG